UAUAUACAUAACCUCAAAAGAAAGAAGUGUUAUUGCUAAGCAGUACAAAAUAAUUUCAAAUUGUGAAAUAGUACAAACAAAACCAAAAUCGAUUAAAUAGAUCGCGUUUUUAUUACGUUACAAAGUGUUACAUAGAACUAAAUACAAUUGAAUCAUUACAACGACUAGAGCAAAGUGAAAACCCUUAAAAUGAAACUAAUAACACAUAACAUGUUAACAUCAAAGUGUUUAAAGGGUGUAAUGACCGGAUAUCCACUAGCUAUUAAUGCUACAGAUGUGAAGGUAACGGAAGUAGAUUUUAAUCCAGAAUUCAUAACACGAGUCAUUCCGAAAUUGGACUGGGAAGUGCUCUGGGUAGCUGCCAAUAGCAUUGGUCAUGGUGAAGGGCUACCGAAAACUUUAGAACCCAAAUUUGAAGAAAAUGAAGAUUUUUUGAAAAAAGUUCAUAAAGUUUUACUAGAAGUAGAGGUUGAAGAAGGAAGUCUUACAUGUCCGGAGUCAGGAAGACAAUUUCCAAUUUCAAAAGGAAUACCAAAUAUGUUACUAACAGAAGCGGAAGUACAAUGAGAAAACUGUUCAACAAAUUUU